UCAUGCCCUUCUAUGAUGCUGCAAUGGCGGGCGCUAUUGUGAAGCAGACGCUGUAAGUAGCAGUUGAACUGGCUUCUCAUGAAGAUGAGGAUCUGUGUAGGCUCCUGCUGACCGUCACAUGCCAUAGAGCAAUCUGAAUGAAGCGGAAAAACUGCUGACUGGCAUUGGGCGAGAUGGCGGGCGAAAAGGCCGGCGCCAGGGAAGCUGGCGUCCUGGUCUCGAGCUUCCUGCACCUGAUGAUCUCGCAGCUGGCCACGCGGGUCAUCUCCUUCCUGCUGAACGUCCUGAUUGACCGCAGGCUGAAUGCUGCAGAGAUUGGGCUAUCAGCAGUUCAGUUCCCCCUCAUCACUACCACAAUCUUCAUGAUCAGCAGGGAGGGCUUCCGGCGGGGCUGUAUCCGGAGUGACCUAGGGGACAACCCGCACCAGUCUGCAGCGGCGAGGGUGGUGUCAGUGGCUUGGCUGUCGGUCCCUGUAGGCCUUCUUGUUACCUGUGCAACAGUGGGGACGAUCCUCUGGUGGCAGCAGCUGCCAGUCGCAGACGUCCGAACGCAGGCACUUCUCGUUCUGGGUGUCGCUGCGGGAGUGGAGCUGCUGAGCGAGCCGCUGUACAUUCUGGCGCAGUGCCUGUUGCUGCUGCGGGUGCGCGUGGUUAUAGAAACGCUGGCGACGCUUGGCAAGAGCCUGGUGACAUAUGCGCUCCUGCUGCAAGGCAUCGGCAAGGCUGGUGGGCUGGUCUUCGCUUACGCACAGCUCACGUAUGCGCUCGUGUUGCUGGUGGGGUACUGGGGCUACUUCCUCUCCCGUGCUCGACGAAGGGAGACGACGGGCGCUUCAGUCCCGCUUCUGCCGAGCAGGCCGAAGGGCGGCCCGCUCCUCGACCCGUCGCUCCUGCGCGUGUGCGGCGCGUUUUCGUGGCAGUCCGUGGAAAAGCUUGCGCUGGCGGAGGGCGAGAAGUUCGUGCUGGUGCUGUCGGGGAGCCAGCACAACCAGGGGGUGUACGGGAUCGUCGAAAAGCUGGGUUCGCUCGUGGUACGCUCGGUCCUGCAGCCGUUUGAGGAGAGCGCCUUCACCAUGUUCUCAAAAGCAGCCAGCUCCGCCAACAAGAAAGACGACGACGCCCAGAAGCCGGACGUACGGGGGGUGGAACGAGUUCUGCUGUUGGCGAUCAAGGGGGUGUCUCUGCUAGGUCUCGUUUUCGUCGCGUUCGGCCCGCCUUAUUCGUAUACCCUGCUGCGGUUGCUGUACGGGCGGGACAAGAGCGACUCGGAGGCGCCGACCGCGCUCGCGUGCUACUGCCUCUACGUGAUGGUCAUGGCGCUCAACGGCAUCACCGAGUCGUUCCUGCACGCGACCGCGUCCGAGCGCGGGCUGGCCUGGAACAACGUGGCGCUCGUGGUCUUCUCCGUCUGCCACGUAGCGCUCAGCGUGGCCCUGGUGCAGGCACGUGGCACCACCGGGCUCAUCCUCGCUAACGUGUGCAACAUGACGCUGCGCAUCACCUACUCGAUGGUCUUCAUUCUACGGUAUUUCAAGGGCUCCCCAACGUUCUCAAUCCGGAGAGCGGUUCCGUCUAUUCGAGUCAUUGGCACUUUCAUCGCGGCUGCUCUGACCGCCCACUGGGCAGAGGUUACGUUCCUGGACCAUGAUCGCUUUUAUACUUCAGCGGCUACAUAUAUAAUGGUGGGCGGGGCAUGCUUUGUUGGUGUACUUGGCGCAAUAUACACAGCAGAGCGCUCCUUCUUCAGCGAGAUUGCGAGUUUGAGAAGAGGCUCGAGCGCAUCAAUAGGAGAUGCAGCGACGGGUGUCGGUGUGGUAGAUGGAGACAAGAAGCGGACGUGAAUUUGUACCCACAAAAUGCGCAACUCGACCACUUCCAACCGAUACUGCCAUAUACUCGUACCUGUUCCGAUUCCUGCUUGAGUCCAUUUCAGACUGGGCCACCGUCCCUCUUUGGCUGCCUAUUCACAUGUUCCAAAAUCGUCACGUGGCACGAGUCGUACAUUUAGCUAUCUGUUUCAGAGGUUGAAUCUUAG